GGGUCUGGAGUUGUGAUUCGCUUGGUCUGUUCGCAGCGUGAGCGGAUUGGCUCGGUUGCGCGGCAACACCUGCUCUUCGGCGCCGGCAUCGCUUGAAGCGCAGUGGCGCAUGCGUAGUUGGACCUGGGUGAUGCGCGAAGGGACGCUGUCUGGCUUUACCGGACAGACGCGGACCGGACCUUCUGUUUUGCCGGUAAUUGUCCUCCCGCGGCUAAACGUCUCUGAGUCACGCGGGGACGGGCUGCCUCCGCUCCUGCUGCCUGUGUGGUGGCUCGCGGCUGUGAGCAUCUCUGGAGCUCUGCUCGGGGCUUUCGCUUCGCGCCUUGCGGGCCAGUUGCUCCUUCGCUCGCCCGUUAAUUGGAGGCCAGUGAGCCGCAGGCGCCUAGGAGCUCGGCGGCGCGGAGGAAGUCGGGGGUGCAGGCCGCUUUCCUGCCGACCCUUUCCCCACCCCGGCGAAAUAACCAGUAUGCAAGUCCAGUGGGAUUGGCUGUGGCUGGGUGUCUUGUUAGUUGGCUCAGUAACUGCAGAAAUUCAUGAUGAAGAAAUCCAAGAUGCAGAUGUUGAGGUGGAAGAUUUUGACAAGAACUCUCAAGAAACUGACAUUGACAAAGGCAGCUCUUCUUUAGAGGUUAUAUACAAGACUCCAGAGCCUACUGGGGAAGUGUAUUUUACAGAAACUUUUGAUGAUGGCGUACUGACUGGGUGGCUGUUAUCUAAAACCCAGAAAGAAGACACAGAUGAAAAUAUUUCUAAAUAUGAUGGAAGAUGGGAAGUAGAAGCGCUUAAGGAAAACACAGUGCCUGGAGAUAGAGGAUUAGUUUUAAAGUCAAUAGCAAGACAUCAUGCAAUAUCAGCUAUGUUAACAAGGCCAUUUAUUUUUGAUUCUAAGCCUUUGAUUGUUCAAUAUGAAGUGAACUUUCAAGAUGGCAUUGAUUGUGGUGGUGCAUACGUUAAGCUUCUUUCUGGUUCUGAUGAUUUAGAUCUGGAACAUUUCUUUGACAAAACACCUUACACAAUUAUGUUUGGACCAGAUAAAUGUGGAGAAGAUUAUAAACUACAUUUUAUCUUCAGACAUAAGAAUCCUAAAACUGGAGUUUAUGAGGAAAAGCAUGCUAAGCGUCCUGAUGUAGACCUAAAAAAAUUCUAUUCAGACAAGAAGACACAUCUGUAUACUCUGGUGCUGAAACCAGAUGACACGUUUGAACUGUUAAUUGACCAAUCCAUUGUCGGCAAAGGAAAUCUUCUGGAAGAUAUGGUUCCUCCUGUGAAUCCUCCGAAAGAAAUAGACGAUCCCAGUGAUAAGAAGCCAGAUGACUGGGAUGAGAGACCAAAGAUUCCUGACCCUAAUGCUGUCAAACCAGAUGAUUGGGAUGAAGAUGAACCUUCCAAAAUAGAAGAUCCUGAUGCUGUCAAGCCUGAGGGAUGGCUUGAUGAUGAACUACAAUAUAUUCCAGAUCCUAAUGCUGAAAAGCCAGAGGAUUGGGAUGAAGAAAUGGAUGGUGAAUGGGAAACCCCACAGAUCCCUAAUCCAAAAUGUGAGACUGCACCUGGCUGUGGAGAGUGGGUGCGCCCCAUGAUGACCAAUCCAAACUAUAAAGGAAAAUGGAAACCACCAAUGAUAGAUAAUCCUAACUAUCAGGGGAUCUGGAGUCCUCAAAAAAUCCCUAAUCCAGAUUAUUUUGAGGAUCUUCACCCAUUUGAAAUGACUGCUGUCAGUGCUAUUGGUUUAGAGCUAUGGUCUAUGACCCCUGAUAUCUACUUUGAUAAUUUUAUCAUCUGUUCAGAAAUGGAAGUGGCAGAUAGGUGGGCUGCAGAUGGCUGGGGCCUGAAGAAAUUGGUAGCUAGUGCUAAUGAGCCUGGUAUGUUGAGUCAAUUGGUUACAGCUGCAGAAGAUCGUCCAUGGCUUUGGAUUAUUUACAUCUUGACUCUAGCACUGCCUGUAGGGUUGGGUGUGUUGUUCUGCUGGCCAAGCAAGAAAAUCGAAGAAGACAUCAACUACAAAAAAACUGAUGUCUCUAAACCAGUUACAAAGGGAGAACUUGAACAAGCGAGAGAGGAGAUAGAUGAUGAAGCAGAAUUGGAAGAAGAGAAAGAAAAUGAAGAUAUUGCUAUAGAGGAAAGAAGACCAAUUGAGGAGAAGAAAAAAGAGACUGUAAAGGAAAAAAAAAAGAAAGGAAGGAAGGAGUCUCCCUCAGGUGAGGGUGAAGGUGAAGAUAAAAAUGAUGAUGAAGAGGAGAAUGAAGCUGCAGAGGGAAGUCAGGAAGAAGGCGACAAAUCAAAUAAAUCUGGUUCAGAGGAUGAGAUGAAAGAAGCUGAUGAAAGCACAGGAUCGGGAGAUGGUCCAAUGAAAUCCGUACGUAAAAGAAGAGUACGAAAGGACUGAAUUAUUUCCAACUAGUAUUUUUAGUUCCUGAUUUAUAGAGAUUUGGCAUGCCAUUUUGGUGUGCCUGACAGCGUGCAAGUUACUUUGAGAUUUAAAAAGGGGGGGAAGUGGACUUAGCAGUACAUAGCCUCCUGCUUCCAUUGAUCUCCUUGAUCUUCCCAACCUCCUUGUUCUUCCCAACCUUUUUUGAGAAAAAAUUCUAUCUGUGAAGUUAGGUGGGGUUUCAAAUUACAAUAAAAGUAAAAAUGGCAAUUUGACUAUCUGAUUUAAAAGAUUAAUAUUUUUAGAAACUAAUGAGUUCAUAUUUGUUUGAAGGUCAUUUUGGCACUAAACAUUUUUUUGAAAAAUGAAUAUUAAAUGCAAUAGUAUUUUUUCAGUUGUAGCACAAAUCAGCUGCUUCCCUUCAGCUGAAAUGAAAUGUAGCAUUGCUAAUAGUUCAGAGCCCUAGAGAAGUGGCCAGUCAUAUUUUUCCUGUGCAGAAUUACAGUAAUUGUUUUUGUAUGAUAAAUGUUCAGUCCUAGCAACACAACUUUAUUGUCAUGAUCUACCUUUAUAAUGUUAUGUUUAUGGUCAUGUUCACUCCAGGCAUUUAUUCCAGUAAUUUAUUUGAAAACGUAACAUUCGUAGAAACACAAUUAAUAGUGUAGCAUGUUUUACAUUUGAAUGCAGAGAAUUCACAUCUACUGAAGUAAAAUGCUGUACAGGCGACUUUUUUCAAAUUUUUAUAGUUCUCAUGUUCCUAGCCAGAAUGGCCUAAUCCUGGUUGACAAAAUAUUUGCUUAGUGUACAUUGCCUCUUGAAAAUAAAUAUUUAAUAUUAUCUUUUAUGCUCA